UGAGCCUCUCCCCCACCCUUGCUGCCGCCUUUCGCCUCACGCCCCCAGAGAAGAGUUUCUUCACCAGGCAGCCGGUGAAGGUUUUUUUCCAAGUCACAUGAUCCAGGAUACAGGGGAGAAUCCUUCUUGGAACGGAGAUGGGCCCAGAACCGAAUCAGAUGAGGACAGAUAAGGUGUGAUGUGGGGGAGACUAUAUAAGAAUGGACCCAGGGCUGCAGCAAGCACUCAACCGAGUGGCCCCUUCUCAAGACGCAGUCAUGCAUGUGCCAGGAGGCUCCGUCGCCAGCCACUUGGGAACCACCAGGCGCAACUACUAUUUCACCACGGCCACGCUGGCUCUGUGUCUUGUCUUCGCCGUGGCAACCAUUAUGGUGUUGGUAGUUCAGAAGACGGACUCCAUUCCCAACCCACCAGGCAAAUUCCCCCUGAAAGGAGGAAAUUGCUCAGAGGACAUCUUAUGUAUCCUGGAAAAGGCUCCGUUCAAGAAGUCAUGGGCCUACCUCCAAGCAUCAAAGCACAUCAACAAAACCAAAUUGUCUUGGAACAAAGAUGGCAUUGUCCAUGGAGUCAGAUACCAGGAUGGGAACCUGGUGAUCCAGUUCCCAGGUUGGUACUUCAUCAUCUGCCAACUGCAGUUUCUCGUGAAAUGCCCAGAACAUCCUGUCGACCUGAAGUUGGAGCUUCUCAUCAACAAAGAUGUCAAAAAGCAGACACUGGUGACGGUGUGUGAGUCUGGAGCACAAAGCAAAAACAUAUACCAGAAUCUCUCUCAGUUCCUGCUGGAGCACCUCCAGGUCAACACCACCAUAUCAGUGAAGGUGGACAAAUUCCAGUAUGUGGAUACAAACACCUUUCCUCUUGAGAAUGUGUUGUCCAUCUUCUUAUACAGUAGCUCAGACUGAACCAUUCUCCUGGCCUUCAGGAAGAAAGCAGCUCUCCACCAUACAGUACUUCCUCCAUCCAAAUGCUUGGGCAAACAGAAAACUUUAGACCAAGACUGAAACCACAAAGGGUUCAAGACUACGCUUCUCCUUCUGUCUCUUGGGAAGAUACAGCUCCAGGGUCAAAACUGUUUUGAGUGAAGUAUCUUUCAGACAGAAGGCAGGGAAGUAAUGUGGUGUGGUGGACAGAGUCCCACACGAGAAGCAGAAGGGCUCGAUUUAUGCCCCAGCCCUACCACUAACUCACUGCAUGACCUGGAGCUACCCCUUUCCCCUCCUUGGACCUCAGGAUCCACGUCCGAGAAAUGAAGGGGCUGGAUUUGAAUCUCUCCAAGUCUCUUCCAUCUGAGACCAGGCUCCCUCAUCACAGACCUGCGAACUAAGAAUCAAGGCAGUGUUCCAGAAGCCCCCAACUCAAGGAAAGGCCCCCACACCAGUAUAAAAUCAACCUCAUCUGGCUGCAUGUCACUUUAGCAGAGUCAGAAUUGAACGACAAGGUUCAGGGUACCUUGCCAAAUGGUGUGAACUAUAGGAUCUAAAAUGUGAAACAAAAGAACUGCCAGCUGAUCCUCCCGAAUCUAAGAGGCCAUCUGAGCAGGCUUGACUCCAUUCCAGUUAAGACUGACAGUAAGUCAACAGCAGAUAGCCUUUGUUUCUUGUCAGGAAGUGUGUGCGUGCACUUGUUGCUCAACCAGCGUGCAAUGGUCAAGGUGAUGUGGUCACUUGGUCAGGGAAUAGCUGCUGCCAUCUCCAACACGAUAUUUCUCUGUUCCCUGCUUCAAACACCUCUCAGAAAACCAUUUCUGUGGAGAGUUUUUAAGGCCCACACAGUUGUCGAUAGACAACAAUGACCCUGAAGAUGGCAAAAAGGACUUCUGAACAAUAGCAACUUCCUCUCCUGACUUGGGUAGCCAGGGGAUUUCUCUAAUUACAUCAAUCUUUGCAUUUGACCAUCAUCUUUCGAAGGGACAUCCUAUUUGUUUGAAAGAAGGACCAUUUGACUUGAAGUGUGAGCUCUUGAGGUUAUGCUUCAGAAGGAAAAGGGACUUUUAACUGCUGUGCAAAAGACUGGAGAAAAAUUUUGCAUUUUUCUCAAGAAGGAGGAGAGAAAAGAAAGGAGUAGGAAUUCAGAGAAAGACUAAAAAAAGAUUGAAAAGAAGAAAAAAAAAAAACCCAGGCAUCGUGGAAUGGAUGAGAGGGACUUGGGAGAAUAAAUUGGCUAAGGGACAAUUUUAAGCCAUUUGCUGACGGGUGUGCUAUGCCAACCUCCUCCUAGGUCUGCUCUAUGAAAUAUUCAGGAAAGUCCACAUUUCUCUUUAACACUUUCCGUGAGUAGAUUCUCGGGGAGGAGUGGGCACUGGAAGAGGUGUUGAAUUCAGCAAGCCAAGUGGUAUGUGGUAAAAACAUAGACAGGUUUUAAGGACCCAAAGCUAGAGAAAAACAGGGCAUGUGGCAUGCAAUUUAUGCCCUAACCCUGUAGGACAAGUGAAUCUUACUUAAAGCAACUCAUGCAUUACUGAAAAGGUAUCUACAAUCUAAACACAGGCAAGCUAAGAAAAUUUUCUACCGUCUCAUAUUCUAACUCGAGAAAGAUUCCAUUUUCAUUUUUCACCAGCCAUCCUCUGAGCAGAGGUACCUGAUUUUUACAUUGGGAGUGGUUCCUCAUGUCAGUCUCUGUCAAGUGAUGCUCUGAAGGCCAACAGCUGAAGACACAAGGGGGUAGAGCAUUUAAAGGAAUCUUGUAGCAAGACAAAAAUAUGAAAAGAGGACAAUCAUUAAGAACUCAGUUGAAAGAUACAUAGGGAGUGGACAUUCUAGGAAGUUUAAAACUAAAUUCUGUUACUCCCUGAGGGUUAACCAGCGCCUGGGAAUGUUAUGAACCAAUGGCAUCAUCUAUGCAAGUGAAACAAAUAAUUUUUCUAACUGGGAACCCAGGCUACCUGAAACAAAUGCCUCUUUGGUGAAAACGCAACUGGAACUCAGUCAAGUGAGCCCUCCAACCCCAACACACACACACACGCACACACACACACACACACACACAGAGUAUGCUUGUAGAACCUGUGCUUGAGGAAGGUGAUGGGUGAGUUGAUGAAAAUUAGCAAGUCAGUGUAGACUAAAUGUAUUUCUGCCCUUGGGAAAAUUCACAGGACUUUUUUCUGCACAUUUGCUAAGUUUUUCUUCACCCAGUCUCUCUAUUGCCCACCGAUGCCUCCUAUAAAGCCCCUAUCCAAUUCCUUCUCAGACUCUUCCAGUCACACAAAGCCUGGCUCGGAGAAUGGUCCAGUACCCCAGAAGGGUUGAUAUGAACAGUCUCUAAAGGGAGAAAGUGCUGAAGGAAACUGGGCAGAAUUUACCAAAGAAGGGAGCCCCCCAGAAUCCCUGGAAUACUACUGAUUAUUCUGGAACCAGGGGACAAAGCUUUUAAAUUAAGAGGAUAAAGCAGUCAGUCAAUGUCAUCUCUAGAAAGAUCCUGAGAGAUCAGCUAAGCCAAUGUUUGAAUGGAAGCCCAACAUGGGGCAAGGACUGGUCAAGUCCUCACAUGUGAUUUGUGACAGAGCAAAGAUUGAGCCCAGCCUCCCGACUCCUGUCUCCAUUAUUUCCCACCAGGAUUUUCAGUCCUCCUCUGUAGGCUGUCUGUAAUUCCCCACCUGACAUCUUUCAAGUCUUGCACUGGAAUAGUCCCCAGCAUUCAGGGAUUUCCUCUGCUUUGUCCCCACUCCAGUCACUCCGGGAUCAUCAUUUUAUCAUGACACACAGAUGGUCUGUAGAUUCAGGACAUGGUCAAAUCACAGAAAAGGGUUAGGGUCUCAUGAUAUGAAAUUCUCUCUCUCAGAAACUGAAGAGAUAUAUGAUAUGGUCAAU